GUUACAAAACGGUCGCAAUACACGUCGGAUGUAUUAAAUUUACAUUUUUAUAACAGAAAGUUAUUGGAAAUUAUUGUUUUAAAGUGCUGAAAGAAUGUCCAGUGUAAAUAAUUUUAAAGAAAUACCCAAUCUGCAAACCCACACAAACUCAGCAAGCUCAUUAACUAACGCGCUCAAUAGCGAUGCCACCGAUGAGAAUAAAUACAGCAAUGGUUGCAAUGCUAAUGGUGAGUGCAACACCCAUACAAAGGCAAUCGUAGCCACAACCAAUAGCACCGAGCAAACCGCCAAUAAAACGGCACAGCCACACAAAGAAACCGAAAACAAUUUGGAGCGUAGUGUUUCGGUCACAGCAUGUGAUGCUAAUAAAAGCGGUGGUGCAAUAAAAGCAACAACAACAACAAUGACUAGCGUUAGCCACAUACACAACAACAAAACAGCACCACAUUGCAAUGAAUCAUUAGCUGUAUUAAGUGCAACAACAACAAGUGAAGCAACAGCAGCAACCGCCGUGGCAAGCGCCACUGCAACAACAACACCAACACCAAUUAGUGAUUUCUAUCAAAAUGCCACCAUUCUUAUCACCGGCGGCACCGGCUUCGUUGGCAAGGUGCUCACACAGAAGUUGUUGCGCGCUUUCGAAUUGCGCAGGAUUUAUAUGCUAAUCCGUUGCAAGGACAACAUGUGCGUGGAGGAGCGACUUGAGAACUUUUUUAAGGAAUCGAUCUUUGACACUAUACGCUCGGAGCAGCCGGAGCUUUUUCAGAAAGUGCAUGCCGUACGCGUGGACUACAGUGCCAUUGAUUUGGGAAUUUCUGCAGAUGACCGUGAAAUUUUAUGUGAUGAGGUUGAGAUCAUCUUCAACGUUGUCGCUUCAGUAAAGUUCAACGAAAAACUCAGCGAUGCAAUUGACAUUAAUGUUUUGGGUACAAAAAAGAUUCUCGAUUUAUCCAUGGAAAUGAAGAAACUAAAGUCACUUGUGCACAUAUCAACGCUCUACUGCAAUUGCAAUCGCAAAUAUAUCAAGGAACGGGUAUAUGAAAAUGAUAUUGGCUAUGAAAAAAUCAUGCAGAUCUUUCGCAUUUUCGAUGAUGAGACGCUGGAAAAAUUUCGCCAUUGCCUAAUCGGUGAUAUGCCCAACACAUACACGAUGACUAAAAAGUGUGCUGAGAACUUGGUAAAUCAUCGUGCCUUCUAUAUGCCAGCGGGUAUUUUUCGACCACCUAUAGUUAUGUCAACCUACAAGGAUCCAUUUCCCGGCUGGACUGAUAAUUUGUAUGGACCAUCAGGUUUGUGCACUUGGUCGGCGCGCGGUCUAGUGCGCUGCAUCUACGGUCGGGCGAAUUGCAAGGCCAAUAUGGUGCCGGCCGAUUACUGUGUCAAUGCAAUGAUUGCCAGUGCAUGGGACAUAGCCAGAAGAUUUUUAUUGCGCAAAAGUGAUACACAAUCCAAGGAGGAAUUACCUGUCUACAAUUACAUUUUCGAUCGGAACAAUUUAACAUGGGGCCAAUAUAUGCGCAUGUCGCGUGAGGGAUUUCACGAGCCAUUUGACAAGGCAUUGUGGUGUUUCUCUUACGUUAUAAUUCCAUCAAAGCCACUACAUUAUGCCGUUGCAUUUUUCCUACACAAUAUACCGGCUUAUAUGUUAGAUUUCAUUGCCAUGCUAACGGGACGUAAACGCAUCUAUAUAAAGGCGUAUCGUAAAAUCUCGCGUGUCAUUUAUAUGAUGUCUUGGUUUGGUCUGAAGGACUGGCGUUUCGCCCACAAUAAUAUUGAUGAAUUGGAUGCGAUGGUUUGCAAGACACAAGAGCGGAAUUUAUUGCAAUUCAAUAUGGCCACGAUUAAUUGGCGGGAAUAUUUUCGCUCAUAUCUAAGUGGUAUACGGCGUUAUUUCUUCAAGGAUAAUGAUAAUAAAUUGCAGAAGCGGCGUGCAUUUUAUCGCAGACUACAAAUCUUACAUCAGCUACUUAAAAGUACAUUCGGACUUGCCUUGAUUGCGUGCCUUAUGAAGAUGUACUUCAAAACUUUUAAGAUUAUACCGAAAAUUGCACUUUAACUCGAGAGACGCUGAGUAGAAUGCACUUUCACUGAAAUUUCGUCAGCUAAGGAGUUCAAAAAUACAUUUUGAUAUCGCUUUUACAUUGAGUAACAUAACCUAGGUGAAAAGUUUAAUUUCAAAAGGAAAUUAUUUGUUCAUUACCUCAUAAGCAUAUCAAUGUGAGUUGAAGUGGGACUACUAAAAUAAAAGAUAAGCGUAUUAA